AUGCCGCAAGCCGCCACCCAAGAGGGAGAGGCGUCGGGGUCCGGACCAACCCUCGUGCUCCGCCGCGGCCGGAGCUCCACCGUCUCAGCAACACCCACGACGACCACCCGGUCGAUGGCCCUGGUGCGUGCGCGGCGGAAGCCCCCGGGCUCCCAAUCGCCACAGGAACCACCCGUGCGGUCCCCGACAAGUAAGAGAAAGAGGGGGGCGGCUGCCAACCAGGAAUCGAAGGAACGGACAAGGACCAGGGAUGAGGAGGAGGAGGAGGAAGAGGAUGGGGUCUCAUCUGCAGGCAGCUCCCCAAUUCGCGCGCCGCAGAUUCCGGAUGCGUUAUAUGAAGAUCUGGAUAUGCUUAAGGCCAUUCAAGAUAUACACGAUGCAUACGAUGAAAAAUUAGGUCGCCAAAUGGAACUGCCGACUCUUUAUCUGCACACGUGUAAACCGCCCACAUGCUUGAGUACUAAUCCUAAGCUUCUUCGUGUCCGCGAAUCCACAACAAAGACAGUGCUUGCUGCUGCUCCAUCAGUUAUUGGACUUUCAUCUUCUGUUGGUCGUCAUUCGCUAACACGAUGCUCUGGAUUUUGGGUUGAUUGGGAUGAGGAGAACAAAAAAGGUACUGUUUUGACUACUGCACAUCUGAUUCGCACGAAGUCCCCAUCCUCAAAUGACUGGCUAGGUAAAGAUGAGUAUGCUCCCAAGGCCAAGGUUUUUGUUCACUUUCGGGAUGCCACUACUGAGAAGGCCACCAUGCUGUACUACGAGAAGCACUACAAUCUUGCUAUGUUUGAGGUUAGAGUAGAUGAACCUGUCCAGUUGCUCUCCUUCAAUGAUGACGUGAAAAGUGCUGAAGAAGUGUUUGAACUCGGAAGAGAUGAAAGUUCAUUUCUAACGAUAGGUCAUGGUAUGGUGCAAUAUCUGAAUCCCAACCUGCUUGAACGGCAUCACUAUCUGUAUGUUCAUGGCACAGAUGAGCAUCCUAAGUAUGACAAUGGAGGGCCAGUUAUUGACUUUGAUGGCAAGAUUGUGGGAAUGCUAUACAUGUAUGUGUCGCUUUUGCAUGCAUGCAUGAGCAUACAUUGUGGAUUGCGCAAAAGAGGUACCGAGAACAAGCAAAUACUGCGCAUGUCUCGACCCCACCUUGGAUUGAAGUUUUCUGCAAUCAAGCUUUUAGAUCCUCCUCUUAUCGAGCAAAUAUUGGUCAAGUGUAGCAUUGAUAGUGGUCUUAUUGUUCAAGAGGUGUCCGAAGGAUCUCCCGCUGAGAAACUUGGAUUUCGAGUGGGUGAUGUCAUUGAAUGCUUAAAUGGAAAACACGUCUCUACCACCGUUGAGCUAGAGAACAUGUUGCUGAGUAAGUAUGUGGAAGGAUCAAGUGGCCUUAAUUCUGAGGUGGAUAUUGAGGUUUGGGUAUUUCAUAUGCGCAGAAGUCUUUGGAGAAGUAAAACAUUAACUGUAAAAGUAUCUGAUGACGCAGAAGUCAUUGUGAGAGGAGGUAUGCAUCCUUCGCCAACCAAGUUCCUUCGUUUUGUAGUGGGAAAUUCACAUUUGUGGCACUAA